AUGGUCAUAAGUCGUUAUUGUAUAAAACGUAUCGUUAUCGCCUUCGUACGCGUAAAAUUAGCAACGACGUUAGCAGUUUUAGUGGAACGUGGGAACCAUGCACAUGAAGAAGUCAAGGUUGAGCAUCCACUAGUACGGGAUUUAAAGCGAAAAGUUGGAGAUGACAUUUCACCAGUACCACAUCAGUACGAAGGUGCCAUUCAUGAGAUGAAAAUAAAAUUGUUGCUUAUUGCGACGCGUUUCGUUUUAUUUAAAAAUAAAACUCACCCUGAUAUUGCAACAACAUAUAAUAACAUCGGGGAAGUUCAUCGUAAUCAAGGUGAUUAUGAGAAAGCAUCGAAAUAUUAUGAGAAAGGUCUUGAAAUUAAAUUGAUUUCACUUCCACCAAAUCACCCAUCUAUUGCAACAACAUAUAAUAACAUGAGACUAGUUUAUGACAAUCAAGGUGAUUAUGAGAAAGCAUUGAAAUAG